CUUCUCUCCCUCGCUCUCUCUCGCUCUGUGUCAGUACAGUAAGCAACAGUUAAACGUGGCAGGAGAGCUAGCAAGGCUGGAUCCAGUUCUUGUUGUUGUUGAGUGUUUCCAGGGUUUGUGGAAGAAGACCAUAAAAUGCUUGGGGUCAGCUGGCGUCUGAUGUUUGAACACUGAGGAUGGUCAGAGGAAGUGAGGUUGUAUAUAGACUGGGCUGGGCUUGGAGUGAGAGUAGGAUAUGAGGAGAGGUGUGUUCAAGGUGAGCUAAGGUGUAUUUGGUGACUUGGUCAAGCCACUGUGACGCAAGUGAGGAGUAAAUACAGAAGAUUCCAGAAAACCGGUUUGGUGCCACAAAGAGCAGGGCAGGCACUCAAGGAAGUGACUUGAACAAAGACACAAAUGCUCUCACACCUUGCUUUUCCUGUGGAUACGUCUGACCGCUGGAAUUACCGGAGGAGCUAUUUUUACGAACCCUUAUGAGUGUAUGUGAACUUGAGCGAGCUGUGACUGGGGCCUAUUAGCAGCACCUUGAAGAGGUGUAUGGUUUCAGACCUUGGGGUAGGUUUGAGGAACGACGUGAAAGCGCUGUGGAACAGGAGAUGGCGUUGGGACUGAGGAGGACUUUGAUUCAGUGAGGGCUGAUCAGAGCUGGUGAGAGAGACUGGCCCCCACGAGGAAGGAGGAGUCGAUGGGUGAUGUCAUCAACAGGUCCGGAACUGUCUUACAAGUGACCGAAAGGUUCUAACUACGCCAUGUCUAACGGCGGCGGGGUGGUGAGCAGCUCCACCCACCUGCUGGACCUGCUGGAGGAGCCCAUCCCAGGCGUGGGCACCUACGACGAUUUCCACACUAUCGACUGGGUGCGCGAGAAAUGCAAGGACCGCGAGCGGCACCGCAAGAUAAACAGUAAAAAGAAGGAGUCAGCAUGGGAGUUCACCAAGAGCCUCUAUGACGCCUGGUCAGGAUGGCUGGUGGUCACCCUCACUGGCCUGGCAUCAGGGGCGCUGGCCGGCGUGAUCGACAUCGCGGCCGACUGGAUGAACGACAUCAAGGAGGGCGUGUGCUUGACGGCCAUGUGGUUCAACCACGAGCAGUGCUGCUGGGGCUCCAACGAGACCACCUUCGCCGAGCGCGACAAGUGCCCGCAAUGGAAGACGUGGGCCGAGCUCAUCCUGGGACAAGCAGAGGGUCCGGGCUCCUACAUCAUGAACUACUUCAUGUACACGUACUGGGCCCUGUCCUUCGCCUUCACGGCUGUCUGCCUGGUGAAGGUGUUCGCCCCCUACGCCUGCGGCUCAGGGAUCCCUGAGAUUAAGACGAUCCUGAGCGGCUUCAUCAUCCGCGGCUACCUGGGCAAGUGGACGCUGAUGAUCAAGACCAUCACACUGGUGCUGGCGGUGGCGUCGGGCCUCAGCCUGGGCAAGGAGGGCCCGCUGGUGCACGUAGCCUGCUGCUGUGGCAACAUCUUCAGCUACCUCUUCCCCAAGUACAGCAAGAAUGAGGCCAAGAAGAGAGAGGUGUUGUCUGCAGCAUCAGCAGCUGGUGUGUCGGUGGCUUUUGGUGCACCAAUAGGAGGAGUACUCUUCAGUCUGGAAGAGGUGAGCUACUACUUCCCUCUGAAGACGCUGUGGCGCUCCUUCUUCGCGGCGCUGGUGGCGGCCUUCGUGCUGCGCUCCAUCAACCCAUUCGGCAACAGCCGGCUGGUGCUCUUCUACGUGGAGUACCACACGCCCUGGUACCUGUUCGAGCUCUUCCCCUUCAUCCUGCUCGGCGUGUUCGGCGGUCUCUGGGGAGCCUUCUUCAUCCGCGCCAACAUCGCCUGGUGCCGCCGGCGCAAGUCCACGCGCUUCGGCAAGUACCCGGUGCUGGAGGUGAUGACGGUGGCGGCAGUGACGGCCGUGGUGGCCUUCCCCAACCCGUACACGCGGCAGAACACCAGCGAGCUCAUCAAGGAGCUGUUCACCGACUGCGGCCCGCUCGAGUCCUCGCAGCUGUGCCAGUACCGGAGCCGCAUGAACGGCACCAGCGCCUACACGGACGCCGCCGGCAACACCGCCACCACGCCCGGCGUCUACUCCGCCAUGUGGCAGCUGGGGCUGGCGCUGGUCUUCAAGGUCGUCAUGACCAUAUUCACCUUCGGGCUGAAGGUGCCGUCAGGUCUGUUCAUCCCCAGCAUGGCGAUCGGGGCGAUCGCGGGGCGCAUCGUGGGCAUCGUGAUGGAACAGCUGGCGUACUACCACCACGACUGGUUCCUGUUUAAGGAGUGGUGUGAGGUGGGUGCCGACUGCAUCACGCCUGGCCUCUACGCCAUGGUGGGGGCCGCCGCCUGCCUCGGUGGCGUGACGCGCAUGACCGUGUCGCUGGUGGUCAUCGUGUUCGAGCUGACGGGCGGCCUGGAGUACAUCGUGCCCCUCAUGGCCGCCGUCAUGACCAGCAAGUGGGUGGGCGACGCGUUUGGGCGCGAGGGCAUCUACGAGGCGCACAUCCGCCUCAACGGCUACCCGUUCCUGGACGCCAAGGAGGAGUUCACGCACACCACGCUGGCACGAGACGUGAUGCGGCCGCGUCGCUCGGACCCGCCGCUGGCCGUGCUCACGCAGGACGACCUGACGCUGGCCGAGCUGCAGGCCAUCAUCACCCAGACCAGCUACAACGGCUUCCCCGUCAUUGUCUCCAAGGAGUCGCAGCGGCUGGUGGGCUUCGCCCUCCGCAGGGACAUCACCAUCGCCAUCGAAAACGCCCGGCGCAAGCAGGAGGGCAUCCUGCUGAACUCGCGGGUCUAUUUUACCCAGCAUGCCCCGACGCUGCCCGCCGACAGCCCUCGGCCCCUCAAGCUGCGCUCCAUCCUGGACAUGAGCCCCUUCACGGUUACCGACCACACACCCAUGGAGAUCGUGGUGGACAUCUUCCGCAAGCUGGGUCUGCGCCAGUGUCUGGUGACCCACAACGGGAUUGUGUUGGGAGUCAUCACUAAGAAGAAUAUUUUAGAGCACCUGGAAGAGCUCAAGCAUCGAGUGGAGCCCUUGGCGUCUCCUCGGCAUCGUCACAAAAAAAGAUAUCCUCCGCCACAUGGCCCAGAUGGCCGACCAAGAUCCCGAUACCAUAAUGUUCAACUAGUCCCGUCCUUCAUCAGCUGCACCAAGCCGGAGGAGGAAGAGGAAGAGACUGAAGAGGAAGUCCGCCUACUGGACAGCACGUCCCUCUGACCACACGUCCCCCCUGCUACCAAACACCACCACUGUCCACACACAGAUAUCACACUGUUCUUUACACACACACACACACACACACACACACACACACACACACACACACACACACACACACACACACACACACACACACACACACACACACACACACACACACACACACGUUGACUUGAUGGGGCUGGUGUCUUAUCGGUGCCCUCUGCUGGUGGGGACUGGAAAUGCACAAUCCAGCACACAGACUUGUCAGGGUGGAAGAGAUGGUGAACUGUGAAUUGUGUUUCACAGAAGAAUCAGUGUCUAAAUCAAACCACACACACACACACACACACACAUUUUUGGCACUACUAUACCUGUCUACACCCACAAACCACUGACACACACACACUCACUUUCUCUCACACAUACACACACAGACAGACAGACACUCACCAACAAACACACAGGUCAUGCACCCUUGCUCCUCCCGUCCCACCACCCAUGUUGAUUGACCUUUUGAUUUGUGACCUUUGACCUGUCUCGUUAAAGGUGCCUGGGAUAGACAAAAAGGUUGAGAUGAAACGCCCAGAGGAGAGGAGCUACUGCAACCCUUGUCCAACUUUUACGAUCCAACUAUGUUUACCUGUAAAGUCUGCGUGUGCCUGCGUGUGUGUGUCUAAAAAUGCACCCAACAUUCCAGACAAGCUGGUAUGUGAACCGUUUGGCUUUCUUGCACCUUUACAGAAGUAAUCAAAAGCUCAACAGCUUUAAAGUGUGUGUGCGUUUGUGUGUGUGUGUGUGAGAGAGAGAGUUGUGUUUGCAUGAAUGUGUGAGUUUGGGUACAAUGGAGAAUGACUGCGAAUGUGCAUGCAUGUGGGUAGCCUCUUGUACGUUUUGUGUGCAAGACUGAAAGGUGUCAACAUUUCUCACUAUGUGUUUUGGUUCGCAGCGGUGUGGUGUGGCGAUUGAGUAAUUAAUGUAAAAUAUGAACAAACAUACAAAUCAAAUGUUCAACUAUGAGGAGCUGCUGGACGUUGCUGCUCGAGUGAGUGUGAGUGUGUGUGUGUGUGUGUGUGAGUGUGUGUGAGUGUGUGUGUGUGUGUGUGUGUGUGUGUGUGUGUGUGUGUGUGUGUGUGUGUGUGUGUGUGCACGCACGCGCGCCUGUGCUGAGCCUCUGAACGCUUGUCAGGAGGGUGGUAACUGCCAGGACGUGUGGGACCCCCCAGUCCCAUCCUUCUUGGUCGUCCUUUUGGAUUGACUAACAAAAAGUACCUGGAAUUCUGUGUUCUUUGUUACUGGGUGAAAAUAAAUCUUUUUUUUUUUUUUUUUUUUUUUUCUGUUCAGACUACUAUUGUUGCUACUACUUUUAGACGUAUUGUAUAUUACCAAGUAACUCCACUUUUCGGCUUAGAAGAUAAAUGUUCUACAUAAGCAAACGUGACAUUUUAAAAGGAUGGUACAGCGUGGAUUAUCAUGCCGAGUUAAGCUACAGACCUUUCUUUUCAUCUCGCUCUUGAUGGUUUUGUUUUUCUGUCAGUAAAAUCAGUACAAGAAAGUGUCUUACCUCAGUUGCUUUCUCUUAAUUUUCAUUUAACUGGACUCCAGCAGCCCCACUAACAUCAUUCUUCAAGUUGCUAUUGCCUAAGGCAAGCUACAAGUAACAUGGCUCACAAGAGAAGUGCAAUUAAAUUUGCUUGCUUAAAAAGUUUUCAUCUUGUUGGCAAAAUUUCGCAUAUAACUCGCGUAAAUGAGCGUUGACUUGAAGAUAAAAGGCCUAUAAAAGCUGCGAGGGACUGCACUAAAAAAAAAAAAAACCUCGAAGUUUACCCAUGUCCAUUUUUUGUUUUCUUAACUCUGCUACCCUGAGAGAAAUAGUCCAAGUGUGCGAGCCAACAUCAGGCUUGCGAAGAAUGUGAUCUGUCCUUGUGGUUGUCCAGAGUGUCAUGCGUCGGGCCUUUGCUCGCCACAGAGCAGGAGGAGCAGUUCAGGCAUCUUUGUCCUCUACAGUGACUGUACUGCUGUCCAAACCAUCUUAUUUCUUUAAAUCGAUCUCAGUGUUUUUUUUUUGUUUGUUUUUUUUUUUUUAUUUAUAUUAGUGCUAGAGUUGUACAGUACUGUAUGAAGAAUUUUACGUAUGAUUACGUACGAUUGAAAGGUGGAUUGUACAUUUAAAGCAAAAUAUGUAAAGAUUAAAUUGUUUUAAAUUAAGUGUA